UAGCUCUAUGAUAACGUACACGUACUAAAUACAUACACGUACACCUUUCAAGUUCUAAACAUUCCAUUCAUUGGAACACUUGAUUUCAUUUUUUCUUAUAAUUAAUCAUCAUUAAUUUGAUCAUCCACAAAGAAUUAAUUAAUGGACCCUUUCCUGAAAGAGUUUGAACAUCUUAGAAUCCCACUCAAAGAGAUAAAACGAGUUACCAAUAAUUUUAGGAACAAACCUAUCGGGUCUGGUGGAUUUGGGAACGUUUACGAGGGGGAACUUUCUCACUCUAAGGGGCGAAGCCAUGUUGCUAUUAAACGUCUAGACCGUAAGUUUGGGCAAGGAGAACCUGAGUUCUGGAGGGAGAUAAUGAUGCUCUUCCGAUACUCACAUGAAAAUCUCAUCCCUCUCCUGGGAUUUUGUGACGAGGAUGGUGAAAAGGUAAUUGUUACCGAGCUUGCAUCUAAUGGAAGCCUCGAAAGCCAUCUUAGUUCCCGUGAUCUUACGUGGGAACGACGUAUCAAGAUAUGCCUUGACGCCGCCAAGGGACUUAGCUACCUUCAUGAUGACAAGGGCACGCACCAACGAGUUAUACAUCGAGACUUGAAGAGUGCCAACAUCCUGCUGGAUGACGAAUGGAAGGCUAAGGUUUCUGACAUGGGACUGGCAAAAGUAGGACCGGCUAAUCAGGAGCACACGGCUCUUUUCACGGAAGUUGUAGGUACCCUUGGGUAUGUUGAUCCAGUUUAUGCGGAGACGAGUGUCUUAACGAAAGAAUCAGAUGUUUAUUCUUUCGGCGUUGUUUUAUUGGAAGUGUUGUGUGGAAAACUAUGCAAUAGAAAUGGUUUUUCAGUGGCUACAUGGAAGAAAAGCUACAUAAAUAAGAAGACGCACGAGAUUAUCUUCCAAGGUCUCACCCAACCAAUGGAGAUGACUUCUUUGGAAGCAUUCUCCGAUAUCGCGUUCCAAUGUGUGGAGGAGUCUCGUGAAAAGCGGCCAACAAUGUCUCGUGUUGUUGAACAACUUGAAAUGGCGCUUCUGUUUGAGCAGUACCGUGGCCUCAAACUGCCAAAGGAGUAUGUAAUCAUACUUAAUAAGAAUGUUGCAACAUCUCUCAAAUACAAAUCUGUUGAGGAACUGAAAUUAGUUCUCUCCAAAGGGGUCUUACUUGAUGCAGACAAAACGUGGUUUUCAAUAAAUGACAAGGGAGAGCACUCUGUAUUGAUAUCAAUGGAUGAAUGUUUGAUUCGAGAGGCAGGAAAAGAUUAUGAAUUUUCGACUAAGUAUAAUUCAAGAUUUCCAGUGGGUACAUAUUCUACACUAGAUCGCAAAUUUAAAACUCGUGUCAGGACUCAAUUCUUAACACCAAACAUCACAUACACUAUCAACCUUGUCUACAAAAAUUGGUUUAGUUCAGGUCCUUUUCAUUCGGAGGAUGUGAUAGAAAUUGAAUACAAGUUAGAUGAUCAUAUUCAUGGGGAAACAAAAACUUGGACUACUUACCUUGGUGAUCACAGAGGAAAUGGGUGGUACGCGGUUGAAUUAUAUCAGUUUACUAGCGACGGGACACCUGUUAAUCUUGAUAUUAGUUUUGAAGCCAAGCUUUAUUCUGGUCGAGUAGUAGAAGGCAUCGAGUUCCAAUCCAUGGAAAAUGUGGAAGAAGGUCAAGCCUCAGACGAUCAUGAUAUACAACCACCACCCGUAUCAGAUUCAGAUGGCGACAUAAAGGAUAGAGUGAAAUGGAAAAUCAAGGAGCUUUACUCAAUUUUUCGUCAACGAUUCUUAAUCGUCGAUGGUUCAUUUUUUAAAAGGCUUUUCAAUAACAGAAAGUGGUAUUUCCUCGAUAAAAAUGGGAAGAAAUGUCUAAUGAUAUCAGCAAGAGCGGCUUUUCGUGUGCGCAAGAUCAAGAAAACUAGUUGGGUCCAAUCAGAAAAUUCCAGAUUUGGUAAAGUGCUAAUGAUCAAAGUAAUUAAGGGAUUUCCGGUAGCUGUGAUUCAAAACAAAAUAAAAUACCAAGCAUUAUCACCUCAAACAAAGUAUGCAUGUUACCUUGUCUACAAAUUACCAGAAGACCGAUCAAAUUUACAGAUGGCGCCGGUGGAAGUGAGAGUGCGUAGUACAGAUGACAAGCAGUAUGUCUAUUUAGUCAGUCCACAAAUCCCAGUUAUAAGACAAAAGGUUGAUGAAAUCACCCACAAACCAUUGUUUAAACCCAAAAUAAAAGGCCUUCCACAACAAAGGAGCGACGCUUGGAUGGAAGUACAAGUAUAUGAAUUUCAUACCACUGACACUACGGAUGGAUUUAUCCCGGUUCUACGACUGACUUGCUACUCUGGGGACCUAGAAGGGCUUAUUCUUCAAGGAGUUGAGAUUAGACCCAUAUAGCUAGAUUAUAUAUAUUCAAUUAAAAGUGAUCCCUCCAGUUAAUCGUGAUUGUGCCCAUGUAUGUAAAACCUGUAUGUGGGUGUUGCUUCGAGAUACUCAAAUUAUUUGCUUUUUCAGAGGUCAUAUAUAAGCUUUCAAGAAAUAUGUCUUUAAUAAUUACAAUAUAAUUUUACCGUGACAUUUUUCUAGAA